GGACUAAAGCACUGCUCAUAGUUCGGGCGUCGCCUUUCUUUCAGUUGCUGUAGGCCUCUUGUGAAUACUAGUCGUUACUCAGAUCAACCAGCAAAAUGGCGGACAAGGAGAAGAAGGUGAAGAAGAAGAAGAAGGAGGGAGAGGCUUCCGCGUCCGAGACGCCCACUGAGGCCCCAACCCCCGAGCCAGCCGCUACACCAGCCAAGUCCGAGUCCACCCGCCAGUCGUCGCGCGCUUCCGGCGGCUCGAAGCGCCAGGCCAAGCGCACGGGCUCCAAUGUCUUCUCCAUGUUCUCCCAGAAGCAGGUGGCUGAGUUCAAAGAGGCCUUCCAGCUCAUGGAUGCUGACAAGGACGGCACCAUCGGCAAGAAUGACCUGCGCGCCACCUUCGACUCUGUUGGCAAGCUGGUGUCUGAGAAGGAGCUGGACGAGAUGCUGGGCGAGGCUUCCGGACCCAUCAACUUCACACAGCUCCUCACGCUCUUCGCGAGCCGCAUGGCCUCCGCUGGUGCCUCCGAUGACGAUGAUGUCGUCAUCAAUGCAUUCAAGUCAUUCGAUGUCGAUGGCAAGAUCGACGGCGACCGCUUGCGCCAAGCACUCAUGACCUGGGGCGAUAAGUUCACCGCCAACGAGGUGGAUGACGCCUACGAUCAGAUGGUGAUUGACGACAAAGGAUUCAUCGACACCGCCGCCCUCAUCGCCAUGCUCACCGGCAAGGACGAGGAGGAGGAGGAGGCCGCCUAACUUUCACAAUAAGACAUUGACAGUAUCAUUGUUCAUCAAUUCCAUUUCAUCUGAUCAAGUCAAACAGCAAUCGACAACACCAUCUGUCGCGUGAACAACAUCAAAAUCAACCACACCAAAAAAAAUCUUUGAGGAUGUACAUCAAGAAUGAAAAAUUAAGAAGGAUCUAAUGGCGUUAAUUAUUUUGAAUAAAAACGGAAAAAAUAAAGAGACCACGCAUGUAGAUUUUUACCAUCAGUGAGGGCAUUCUUAAACACCUGCCCCCUCCCGAUCAUUGAUAGAACAAGAACACGAAUGUAAAGACAGCAAAUGAGGAUUUGUAGAAGAUUGACACGACAAGCUUCUUUAGGGGUAAACGUGUGUAUGGGACUCGAAAAUCACCAUCGAAGAGUCACCACCGGAUUAAUGUGUAAUUUGCAAAAAAAAAUCUUGUGUAUAAUUACAUAAAACCAAUUACAUGAUA